AUGGACUGCAAGGGUCUGGAGGCUGUGCGUCGGGACAACUGCCCCCUCGUGGCCAACCUCGUCACCGCCUCCCUGCGCCGCCUGCUCAUCGACCGAGACCCCGCGGGUGCCGUGGCCCACGCACAGGACGUCAUCUCAGACCUGCUGUGUAACCGCAUUGACAUCUCCCAGCUCGUCAUCACCAAGGAGCUGACCCGCGCGGCCUCUGACUACGCCGGCAAGCAGGCCCACGUGGAACUGGCCGAGAGGAUGAGGAAGCGGGACCCCGGGAGCGCGCCCAGCUUGGGCGACCGUGUCCCCUACGUGAUCAUCGGCGCUGCCAAGGGCGUGGCUGCCUACAUGAAGUCCGAGGGUCCUGAGAACCGCCCCCAGCACACCCCUGGGAGCCUGGCACAGCCCCUGCCUGGAGCAGCCCCGCCACCCCCCGGCUCCGUCCCUGUCCUCCGUGCCUUCGGAGUCACUGAUGAGGGCGUGUCCGUCUGCUGCCACAUCCACGGCUUUGCUCCCUACUUCUACACCCCGGCGCCCCCUGGUUUUGGGCGCGAGCACCUGGGCGACCUGCAGCGGGAGCUGAAUGCUGCCAUCAGCAGGGACCAGCGCGGAGGGAAGGAGCUCGCGGGGCCGGCCGUGCUAUCUGUGGAGCUGUGCUCCCGGGAGAGCAUGUUCGGGUACCAUGGGCACGGCCCCUCCCCGUUCCUGCGCAUCACCCUGGCGCUGCCGCGCCUCCUGGCCCCCGCCCGCCGCCUCCUGGAGCAGGGCAUCCGUGUGCCGGGCCUGGGCACCCCCAGCUUCGCACCCUACGAGACCAAUGUGGACUUUGAGAUCCGGUUCAUGGUGGACACAGACAUCGUCGGCUGCAACUGGUUGGAACUCCCAGCGGGGAAAUACCUCCUGAGGCUGGAGGGGAAGGCCACGCAUUGUCAGCUGGAGGCGGACGUGCAGUGGUCUGACGUGGUCAGUCACCCGCCAGAAGGGGAGUGGCAGCGAAUUGCGCCCCUGCGCGUGCUCAGCUUUGACAUCGAGUGUGCUGGCCGCAAAGGCAUUUUCCCGGAGCCUGAGCGGGACCCCGUGAUCCAGAUCUGCUCACUGGGCCUGCGCUGGGGUGAGCCGGAGCCCUUCCUACGCCUGGCGCUCACCCUGCGGCCCUGCGCCCCUAUCCUGGGCGCCAAAGUGCAGAGCUACGAGCGGGAGGAGGAGCUGUUGCAGGCGUGGUCGACCUUCAUUCGCAUCAUGGACCCCGAUGUGAUCACUGGCUACAACAUCCAGAACUUUGACCUUCCAUACCUCAUCUCCCGGGCCCAGACCCUCAAGGUGGAGUCGUUCCCCUUCCUGGGCCGCGUGUCUGGCCUCCGCUCCACCAUCCGGGACUCGUCCUUCCAGUCCAAGCAGACCGGCCGGCGGGACAGCAAGGUGGUCAGCAUGGUGGGCCGCGUGCAGAUGGACAUGCUGCAGGUGUUACUGCGAGAGUAUAAGCUCCGCUCCUACACGCUCAACGCCGUGAGCUUCCACUUCCUGGGCGAGCAGAAAGAGGACGUCCAGCACAGCAUCAUCACUGACCUGCAGAACGGGAACGACCAGACACGCCGCCGCCUGGCCGUGUACUGCCUCAAGGACGCCUUCCUGCCCCUGCGGCUGCUGGAGCGGCUCAUGGUGCUGGUGAACGCCAUGGAAAUGGCGCGCGUCACCGGUGUGCCCCUUGGCUAUCUGCUCACCCGCGGCCAGCAGGUCAAGGUCGUGUCCCAGCUGCUGCGGCAGGCCAUGCGCGAGGGGCUGCUGAUGCCCGUGGUAAAGACAGAAGGUGUCGAGGACUACACGGGAGCCACAGUCAUCGAGCCCCUCAAAGGGUACUACGAUGUCCCCAUCACCACACUAGACUUCUCCUCUCUGUACCCGUCCAUCAUGAUGGCCCACAACCUGUGCUACACCACACUCCUGCGGCCCGGGGCCGCCCAGAAACUGGGCCUGACAGAGGAUCAGUUCAUCAAGACGCCCACAGGGGAUGAGUUUGUGAAGACGUCAGUGCGGAAGGGCCUCCUGCCCCAGAUCCUGGAGAACCUUCUCAGCGCCCGGAAGAGGGCCAAGGCUGAGCUGGCCAAAGAGACAGACCCCCUGCGUCGGCAGGUGUUGGAUGGGCGGCAGCUGGCGCUCAAAGUGAGCGCCAACUCUGUAUAUGGCUUCACUGGUGCCCAGGUGGGCAAGCUGCCGUGCCUGGAGAUCUCACAGAGCGUUACCGGCUUUGGGCGCCAGAUGAUUGAGAAAACAAAGCAAUUGGUGGAGUCCAAGUACACGGUGGAGAAUGGCUAUGGCACCAGUGCCAAGGUGGUGUAUGGUGACACUGACUCAGUCAUGUGCCGAUUUGGUGUCUCUUCUGUGGCCGAGGCAAUGGCCCUGGGGCGGGAGGCUGCGGACUGGGUAUCAGGCCACUUCCCCCCGCCUAUCCGGCUCGAGUUUGAAAAGAAGGUGAGCCUCUGA